GGACGAAUCUCAGCCCUGAAAUCCCCAUCCCCUCCCCCGCACCCGUCCGUCUCCCUCCCCUCUCUCCCUAGGGUUCGGGCCUCUCCUCCCCUCUCCUCUCGCCAUGAUGCAGCCACCGCCGCCGUCGCAGCCGCAGCCGGGCAUGGGCGCCCCCAUGCCGCCGCAGGGCGCGGGAGGGCAGCCGCCGCACUGGGGCGCGAUCCCGCCGCCGAUGCCGCACUACGCGCAGCCGCCCCCGCAGCAGCAGCCGCCGCCCCAGGCCAUGUGGGGCCAGCCGCCGCCCCAGGCCGCGCCCUACGGCCAGGUGCCCGCCCCGCAGCAGUACUACGCCGCGCCGCAGGCCCCCGCCGCCCCCGCCGCCUCGGACGAGGUCAGGACGCUCUGGAUCGGGGACCUCCAGUACUGGAUGGACGAGAACUACAUCUACAGCUGCUUCGCCAACACCGGGGAGUUCCAAUCUGUGAAGCUUAUCCGCGACAAGCAGACUGGGCAGCUUCAGGGUUAUGGCUUUGUCGAGUUUGCAAGCCAUGCAGCUGCUGAGCGAGUUCUUCAGACAUUCAAUGGACAAAUGAUGCCAAAUGUUGAGUUGGCAUACAGACUGAACUGGGCCAGUGCUGGCGAAAAGCGUGAUGAUACCCCAGACUAUACAAUUUUUGUUGGGGACUUGGCAGCUGAUGUUACAGACUACAUGUUACAGGAGACAUUCAGGGUCCAUUACCCUUCAGUGAAGGGCGCAAAAGUUGUGACUGACAAGAUGACAAUGCGUUCAAAGGGUUAUGGGUUUGUCAAGUUUGGUGAUCCCACAGAGCAAGCUCGUGCCAUGACUGAGAUGAAUGGAAUGCCCUGUUCUUCCAGACCUAUGCGCAUUGGUCCAGCAGCAAAUAGGAAGACAACAGGGGUUCAGGAGAGAGUACCAAUUCCAAAUACAAAUACUCAAGGAGCUCAGUCUGACAAUGAUCCUAACAAUACCACCAUAUUUGUUGGCGGCCUUGACCCCAAUGUCACUGAAGAUGCCUUGAAACAAGUGUUUGCUCCAUAUGGGGAAGUCGUCCAUGUCAAGAUCCCUGUUGGGAAGAGAUGUGGCUUUGUUCAGUAUGCUAACAGGCCUUCUGCUGAGCAAGCUCUGCAAUUGCUGCAAGGGACCUUGGUUGGUGGUCAGAACGUGAGGCUUUCAUGGGGACGAAGCCCUUCGAACAAACAAACUCAGCCUCAGGAAGCCACCCAGUGGGGUGCAGGUGCUGCUGCCGGUGCUGCUGGUGGUUACUAUGCUGGAUAUGGACAAGGGUACGAGGCUUAUGGACAAGGGUAUGCACAGCCCCAAGACCCUAACAUGUAUGGUUAUGGAGCCUAUGCUGGUUAUCCAAACUACCAACAACCAGCAGCUGCACCUCAGCCGCCACCGCCACAACAGUGAGCCCUCCCCAUUGGGUCUUCCAGACAUGAGAUGAGAACCCCUGUUUGAAGGCGCUGUCGAGGCUAAUGUUGUAGCACCUGUCGAUAGAGAGAGAGAGGGUUCCUGGACUCCUGAUUUUGAUCGCCUCAUGGCAAGGUCUAUUUGGUCUAUUAUGCACUAUGUUAUGAGCAGCUGUUGUCCCAUUGUGAUCCUUCAAAUGUGUACUGGAAACUAUGUUUUGUUUUGCCGCAUGUCCUUGUCUACUGUCAUUUACCAUUGCCAUCUGCUGUUAAAUUAUUAUAUAACUAUUGUACCGUUUGCUUCC